CCUUCACUUCUCUGUCCUUUCAUCAUCUCUUCCUUCUCCCGCGACGCUUGCAGCUCGCGAUGGUCUCAUUGGGCAUGUCUCGCACAGCCCGCAUCUCCUUGCUGCUUGUGAUUGAUGUUUGCUUCUUCUUCGUUGAGCUCUUUGUCGGCUAUGCAGUCGGCUCCCUUGCGCUCGUCGCAGACAGUUUCCAUAUGCUGAAUGAUGUCGUCAGUCUCGUGAUCGCGCUCUACGCUAUUAAGCUUACUGCUCAAUCCACCCCGGAUACGCAAUAUUCAUAUGGGUGGCACCGAGCUGAAAUCCUGGCUGCGCUCGUCAACGGCGUCUUCCUUCUCGCCCUCUGUUUCUCCAUUACACUUGACGCGCUCCAGCGUUUCUUCUCAACACCAGAGGUAUCCAACCCCAAACUUGUCGUCAUUGUCGGAUCCCUCGGUCUCGCUUCCAACAUCGUCGGCUUAUUCUUAUUCCAUGAACACGGCCACUCUCAUGGGGGCCACUCACACGACCAAUCUUCUACGGCAAGCAAAACACCUAGCAUCGCGCCAACCCCCGACGGGAACGGUCAUUCCCAUAACCUGCCCACAGACGGUCGCCCACCAAUGACACCAAUCCGCUCUCAUGCCUCCGAAAUUCCCCGUCAUCGGGAGCGUUCCGACUCGUACAGUUCUUUGUACGGUCACCCUGCCGCUACUCGCGCUUCUCUCGUUCAAAGAGCCGAUGAUAUGGUCCGAGCAAGCUCUCCCGCUCCCGAGCAUCGCCGAACACGUUCGAGCGUGUCGAGAGCACGUCAUUCGAUAGAUAGCCUGAAUGGAGAAGCUGUCAAUUCGAGUCAACAGACCAUCGUCAAUGACGAAGAGGAAGAGCGUCACUCUCGUUCGACAACACCUGUAAACGAGAGAACGCCACUCAUCCGUCCAACCGCUGAUCUUCCUGCCGAUGAAUCCCAAUCAUGGGAGUCUGAUGAACAUGACCACGGACAUUCGCAUUCGCAUGGAGGCCACUCGCAUGGCGGCUCAAUGAACAUGAAGGCACUGUUGCUUCAUGUCUUGGGCGAUGCGUUGGGGAACGUCGGAGUCAUCGCGACGGGAUUGAUUAUCUGGCUCACGGAGUGGUCCUUUAAGUUCUACUGCGAUCCGUUGAUCAGUCUCGUCAUCACGGUCAUCAUCUUCCAGUCUGCUUUGCCUUUGGUGCGCAGCGCAUCCUUCAUCCUGCUCCAAGGCGUUCCUCCGGAUGUCUCCUUCGAAGAAGUCCGCACCGCGAUCCUCAAAGUCGACGGCGUCCUCGGAGUUCACGAGCUCCAUAUCUGGCAGCUCUCAGAGGCAAAGGUCAUUGCCUCUGUGCACGUAAUGGCAUCGAGGAACCACGACUUCAUGCCCGUGGCGGUCGAAAUCAGGAGGACCUUGCAUAUACAUGGGAUACAUUCCAGCACCAUCCAGCCGGAGUAUCAUCCAAGCAGUGGGGCCGUACCGGAGGAGUUUUUGAAGACGUCAAAUGAUACUGCCUGUCUGAUCUCUUGCCCGCCAGACCAGGCUUGCGACCCAGGAAAUGCAUGUUGUCCACCUCUGAGCGGCACGGUCACGCCAGGAGAGCCGUGAUCUUGACCUUCCACAUUCAUUCAUCAAAUCGCAGUCUCGACCCCUGAGUUACAGCCGUUCGUCGUCUCGUCUCGAUCUAUUUAACGGUAGCAGCAAUACAUACGGUUGCUCCGCGGACGUCUCUCUUUCUUCACAUUUUCUCCCCCUAUGCAUACUCUCCUUGUCAUCAUCGUUGUUCGUAUCAUACGUAGUAUUAGUAGUCUGUAGCCUUGACGUAUUCUUCUCGCAAUUCAAGUCAGACGGAAUUAGUU